CAAGUAUAGGGAGCGAUAAUGCAAAUAUAGAUAGUGUGUUGAGUUGAGAGUGAGUCACGUGCGGUAUGAGGAGCGUGGAUGAUCGUCGCCGGUGGUGAGUUCAAUGUUGAAUAAGCCUUCCUCGCACUUCCUCCACACCGCCGCCGCCGCCAUGUCCAUCCGUCCUUCCUCCUCCUACUCCUACAGAGGCGGCCGUAAUCAAUGGCGCGGCAGAGGAUAUUCAAAUCGCCCCCCCUACUCUCCCCUUCCUGACAACCAUAACAAUGACGCCACUACUGAAUUCCGUCCGGAUUACAGCCCUCAUCCUCCACCGCAUUUCAAUUCUCGACCCGCUCCUUUCAAUCACUAUCAUCCACCAUACACCAAUCCGUACCAGCAGCAGCCACCUUUCUACUACCAGAACCCACAUUUUCAACCCCCUCCUCCAUUGUACAAUCAACAACAGUUUCGUCCACCUCCACAAAGGCGCCCCUCAAAUGACUAUCGUAACUGGGAGCAGGCCAAACCAGGGCCUCCCCCUACUUGUGAGCGGUUUACGGUCCUCUCAUACAACAUACUAGCUGAUUACCUCGCUAUCAAUCAUCGAACCAAGCUUUACUUUCACAUUCCUCGACAUAUUCUCCAAUGGGAAUAUCGCUUCACUAAAAUCUUGUUUGAGCUGGGAUUAUGGUCCUCUGAUAUAUUAUGCCUUCAGGAGGUUGAUAGAUUUCAGGAUUUAGAACAAAACUUAAAGCUUCGCGGAUACACCGGUAUCUGGAAGAUGAGAACUGGUGAGCCAGUUGAUGGUUGUGCAAUAUUUUGGCGUUCAUCAAGAUUUAAGCUUCUGCAAGAGGAAGCUAUCGAGUUCAAUAAGUUUGGACUGCGAGAUAAUGUUGCCCAGAUAUGUGUUCUAGAGUCGCUAAGUGAGAAAAGUUCAGCAGGAUCACAUCCACCUGCAUCCUCUGAAGGCCGUAAUAAAGUCGUAAUAUGUAAUAUUCAUGUGCUCUUCAACCCUAAAAGGGGAGAGAUUAAGCUCGGACAGGUUAGGAUACUUCUAGAAAGAGCUUAUGCUACAUCAAAGCUUUGGGAUGAUGCUCCUGUUGUUCUAUGUGGAGAUUUUAACUCAACCCCAAAGAGUUCACUGUACAACUUCAUAUCCGAGCAAAAGUUAAAUGUGUCUGAACUGCCUAGAGAUAAGAUAUCAGGACAAUAUUCUGCUGAAAUUUAUCCCAAAAGACCGGUUUUCUCUAAUUUCAGAAGUCAGUCAAUUAAUAAUGCUACUCAAUCUCCCACAUCAGUUGAUAACAAGGGAGGGUUAUCUUCUAGUUUGCCUACGAAUACAACACUUACGGAAGAUGAAAAAACCACUAAGGAAGAAAGUGAGGGCAGUUCUGUAAACUGCACCUCAGAAAUUACGGAAAAUAUCUCAUCUGGUGUGAUUACCGAUGAUAACAAUCCAGAUGGACUACUAAAAGCCAUAGAAGAUCUAUCCAUAGGUGAGGAUUCCACGUCAUUUUUGUCCGGGUUACAUGGUCCCGAUGGAAGUGUUGUGGAAGAUGGAGCUGACGUGGCGGACAGUGAACCUUUUGUGGAGAAUCAGAAUCCUUGUUAUGACCCGUCAGGUUGGACCCCUAUGGAAAUACAGGCCGCAACUGGGAGUUCAGAAUGCAAGACCAUGGAACACCAUCUAAAAUUAAGAAGCACAUAUACCGAAGUUGAGGAUUAUUCAGGAACUAGAGACUCGUACGGUGAGCCUCAAGUAACUAGCUACCAUAGGGGUUUCCAGGGGACUCUUGACUACAUCUGGCGAUCUGAAGGUCUUCAAACUGUUAGGGUUCUUGCUCCUAUACCAAAAAAAGCAAUGGAAUGGACUCCUGGAUUUCCUACAAAGAAAUGGGGAAGUGAUCAUGUUGCAUUGGUUGCUGAAUUGGCUUUCAAUAAAGUUGCCGAUGAAGAAAAAUCAGAAAUUCAGUAGCAAACAAGUCUCAUUUCAGAUGUUUCCCAGAAAGAGGGAAGAGUUUACUGCUGCUGCCAGUGGAUUCUUUUAAGUUUAAGUUUCACGCUGAUCUACAAGUAUGAUUAUGUCUGUAAAUAUACAUUCCUGAUGUGAUUUUUGAGCACUAGGAAGGAGGGCUUUUUUUGUUUGUUUGUUUGUUUGUAUCAGGGUUAAUUAUUGUUUUCAUCAAAAUGGUCUCAACUUGUCUUAGCUGUC